CCACUUUAAAAGCAAACUAAGGGGGAUUUUACAUUGUUUUGUUUGAGACUCAUUCGCAGUUUUGCUCUCUUUACUUUGGGCGACUUGUGAUGGUCACGCGAGGAAACCCAAACACGCGCUGAAACAUGUGGACGGAGGUGAGACACAACAACAGCUCUGUUCAUGAAGAACCACAGGAGCAUAAUCUCACACAGAUAGUUUCCCCAGUGUCUUCAUGGAUCCCCUUCAACUCUGAUAGAAAUGGCUCAGCAACUACCAGUCCACCCACUAUUGCUGAGACCGCCAUGAACAGAGAGAGUGGAAUCAUACCAGGUGCGAUUGCUGCAGCAGUGUUCAUAGGCUUUCUGUUAGCCCUCUAUGCUGCUCUUUGGAAAUGUAUGGUUAAGCAACCAGGAAGGAGGAAAAAAAGAGCAAGACCGAAGGCUCGUGAACACAGGUCUCUUACAUGCUGACCUCUGGACGGGAUGUCCACCUGUCUACCAGAGAUUCUAGUUACUGAUGUUAAGUCAGAGCUUCUCCUGCUGUGAGGCACCUCAUGAACCGUGUUUAGGUCUUAACGCAGUUUGAGACAAUAUUUCAUGCUGGAGGGAACUAGAUCAAUAUCUGCUGUGUUUCAUAAGUCACCCUUUGGGCUCUGGGUUGGUCCAUUUGUAUUUCAGAACAUGUUAUUCAGUCAGACCAGAGAGUUGCAUUUAAAAAAAAAAUGUGACAUUGGACCACAAAACCAGUCUUAAGUCAAUGGGGUAUAUUUGUAGCAAUAGCCAAAAAAAAACAUUAUAUUGGUCAAAAUUAUCGAUUUUUCUUUUAUGCCAAAAAUCUUUAGGAUAUUGAGUAAAGAUCAUGUUCUAUGAAGAUAUUUUGUACAUUUCCUAUCGUAAAUAUAUCAAAACUUAAUUUUUGAUUAGUAACAUGCAUUGCUAAUUUGGACAAUUUUAAAGGUGAUUUUCUUAGUAUUUAGAUUUUUUUUCACCCUCAGAUUCCAGAUUUUCAAAUAGUUGUAUCGCGGCCAAAUAUUGUCAGAUCCAAAUAAACCAUAAAUCAAUGGAAAUCUUAUUUAUUCAGCUUUCAGAUGAUGUAUAAAUCUCAAUUUUGAAAAAUUGACAUUUAAGACUGGUUUUGUGGUCCAGGGUCACAAAUGUUUCCAAAAAUUUAAAUAUAUUCAUUAAACUGAAUGAUUAUGUGUAUAUAUAGGGAAUAGCAAGUCCAAAUGUGCUCUAGAAGUAUGUAUGAAUAGUUUACUUGGUCACAACAAAACAAAUGUCCACCAGAUGGCAGAUGGCUCAAAUUUUUUUUACUGAAACCAGAAUCAGCCACUAUAUACAGUCUUUAGUGGUUUAUCUUUAUAGACUUGUGUGUUUGGGACGUUUAUUUUAUUGCUGAUAGCUAUGCUAAUUAAUUCAUGAAAGAUAUAAUACACUUUUAGAGACUAGGCCCUUGUUUUUCUCCAAACAUCCCCUUUGACCAUCGUGAACUCUGCACCAGUGAAUGAGUGCAUGUGUGAGCGAGACUGAUUUCCCUUAUGCAGCAGGAUUGACCAGAGAGCAGCAGACUUCUGGGUUAAAGUCUUCGGGUACGUGCGUGUUUGUGUGUGUGAGUGUGAACAUAAGAAUUGCAUAUUUUUAAUUGCAGGUGCUUUGUUUGCACAAUCAAUGUAGUGUUAUAUAUUUUAUUUGGACUGUGUGUCAUUAAUUUCAGUGCUUGAUUAGGAUUUGAUUUCCUUUUUAUUUUGAAUUAGAAUGUGUUCAAUUCUCAGUAGCAUGGCUGUAUAAAACCUGUUUAUCACUGCACAAAUGCUUAAUAUAGAAUGUUAUGAAGAAUAUGUGCCAAUAAAUGUGAACUUUGAUUUAC